CAGUGUUGGAGGUGUUGGAGAUGUCGGACUGCGACCGGUCCAUGAACAUUAACCUUUUGAAGGAGACUGUUUUCAGGAAGUUGUGCGAUGUGUUGGAUAAAAACAACAUUAAAGGAUGGAGAAAACUUGGGGAGAUGGUCGGCAGUGACAGGCGAUUUAAAGUUAGUUCAGAGGAGAUGGAGAUGUGCUCUCUGAAAGUGUUGCAGCUGGAGGGCAGCCCCAGUCGUAUGCUGCUCAGACUCAUGGGAGAACGAGGAUGUACUUUAGGCCAGCUGGUCGAUAUCCUUCAAACCAUGGGCCAGACCGAGGCCUUAAAGUGUGUUAAACCACCAAGUAUUCAAAUCCUCAUCCAACCCCAGUCUGUGUCUAUACUUUCCGGACAUAACCUGCGCCUAAGCUGCUAUGCAGUAGGGAAAACAGAUGUUCAUUACCAGUGGUUCAAAACCAAAGAAGAGGUGCCCAACUGCUCUUCGCCUGAUCUCGGGGUCAGUCCUGUGCGACCUGCAGACGCAGGUUUCUAUAUAUGUAGGGUCAACUGUGGAGAGUCCUACGAGUUCAGCCAGUGGGCUCAAGUGGACGUGCUGGACGUAGCCCCAUCGUAUGGGUUGGUCUCCCACUCCCUGCAGGGUAGGCUGAAGGUAGCGAUACAGCCCCAGGCACAGAAGCUCUUCCUGGGGGACUGUCUGCAGCUGGAGUGUGGCGCCGCGGGGAGGCCCAUUCCUCGAUACCUGUGGCACAGGAACGGGGUUCCCUUACCAAACACCACCAAGAGGAAGUUAACGAUUCAGUAUUUGUCGAUGGAGCAUCGUGGAAAGUAUCGCUGUGAGAUUAGCAGUAACAAUGAAAGCACGUGGACGAAUGAAGUGGAGGUUGUUGUAGGACCAAGGAUUUCUGUCCAGGUGUCAGGGGCAAUGGAAUGCUCUGAAGAGGAUUUCUAUGAACUUGGACCAAUUGGUGCCAGUGAAUUUAUGCUCAAUAACGUUCAAGAACAGCCUUAUGCUACUGAUAAAGUGGCGUUGCUGAUAGGCAACCUGUCCUACCACAACCACCCUCAGUUGAAGGCACCUAUGGUGGACGUGUACGACCUCACCAACCUCCUCCGCCAGCUGAACUUCAAGGUGGUGUCGCUGUUGGACCUCACAGAGUCUGAGAUGCGAAACGCAGUCGACGAGUUUCUGCUCCUGCUGCACAAGGGAGUGUACGGUCUACUGUACUACGCAGGGCAUGGUUACGAAAACUACGGCAAAAGUUUCAUGGUCCCGGUAGACGCUCCCAACCCGUACCGCUCAGCCAACUGUCUGUGUGUGCAGAGCGUCCUCAAACUGAUGCAGGACAAAGAGACUGGCCUCAAUGUCUUCCUGCUGGACAUGUGCAGGAAGAGAAAUAUUCAUGAUGAUAUUACACCAAAUAUUGUAUUGAGGGUCACGGCUAACAUUGUUUUUGGAUAUGCAACUUGCCAAGACGCUGAAGCAUUUGAGUUGAGCUCAAACGGAUUGACUAACGGUGUUUUCGUCAAGUUUCUGAAGAAACGUCUACUGAACGAUGAGAAAAUCACAGUUUUACUGGACAGAGUAGCUGAGGACAUGGGUCAGUUUGAUGCUACUAAGGGGAAGCAGGCCCUUGAGAUCCGAAGUAGCCUAUCAGAAAGAAAGGCUCUGACCGACCCUAUUCUGCCCGGUGACAGCUCUGAUAUGGCCCUGGCACACAACCGUCAGUGGGCCAAAGCUCAUGAACUUCCAGAAAGCAUGUGCCUUGACUUUGAGUGUGGAGCCAAGAUCAAGAUGGGCUUUGCAGCCGAGUUCUCUAACGUGCUCGUUAUUUACACCCACAUCGUAAAGAAGCCUGCCGACAUGUCCCUUUGCCAGGCUCAUGUCACCAACUUCUCCCCGGACCUGGAUGUGGACCCUAAGGUGAUGAACAGAGAGACUCCAGAAGACACGGGCAUCUACUUCCUCUCCAGCAGUCUGCCCCAGCACUGCCUCUACACCAGACUCAGCUCUCUGCAGAAGCUGCGGGAGGAGCUGGUCUUCACUGUCUGCCUCCAGGGGACCUUCACCGCCCUGGACCAGGUGGUGGACUGGAAAACCCACGUGAACAUCGGCAAGCCGCUCAUCGCCAGGCUGGACCUGCACCGGGCCAUGCGCAGGAACAGCUGUCUGCAGACCUGCCUGAUGCCCCACAGCCCCUGCCACAGCCCUUGCCACAGCCCUGGGCCAGAGCACCUCCACCUCCCUCAGCUCCACGCCCAGGGCCCCAGCUCCACUAACCUGUCACUAACCCCACCCUGCCACAGCCCGUACCUGGAUGUGUGCGAAGCCUCGCAAGGCGCUGUGGGAGGCUACUGCAGCUCCACCACAUAUGACAACGUCAGCCAGUACCAGUAUGGAGUCACCAGUGUCCCAGCAGCCUUGUCCCCAAGCUCACUGGGCAGGGUCAGCAUUCCCAUAGAAACCACAGAUGACAUAAACGAGCUGCAGGCGGUCUUUAUUAACAGUCUGCAUCUUCACCGGUAAGAAGGCCUCAUCGAGAUUGCUAAAACAAUUUUUUCAAAACGGUAAAAAAAAAAUUCAAAACUGUAAAAACAAAACCAAAUAUUCAAACUCAAUUUCCAAA